GCCCAUUUUACGAAAAUGUCCGCCAGUCGACUCGACGCUGUGUACCGGAGUAUUCUUUUGACCAAGUUUUUUACUAAAGGAUGGGGUAAACCGGAAAAUUUGAAAAGGUUAUUUGAGUUCCGUAAGGUGGUAUCGAACCGCGAUGAAUGCUACAAACUUAUUGAAAGAGACUACCCGGUCACUAUCACAAAAGAACAAAACCUGUCAGACUGCAAGCUCCUAGAAGGAUACUUCACAACACCUCUGGAGCGAUAUCUCCCUGGUAUUGUUCCGGAAAUUGCGCAGAAGGCGCACUUCCAAACUCUGAUGCCUUUACACUGGCCUGAGAACUGCAAACCCAUGUGCUUGCAUUUAGCUGGCACAGGAGAUCAUUUCUUUUGGCGACGGCGGAAUCUUAUGGUGAAGCCGCUGCUGAAGGAAGCGCGAAUCGGCGGCAUCAUCCUGGAGAACCCCUUCUACGGACUACGGAAACCUACAGAUCAGGUUCGUUCUUCUCUCCACAACGUGUCGGACAUAUUCGUGAUGGGCGGGUGCUUGAUCCUGGAGUCGCUUGUGCUGUUCCACUGGUGCGAACGCAACGGCCUCGGCCCAUUAGGCGUCACCGGCCUCUCCAUGGGUGGACAUAUGGCGUCACUCGCAGCCACAAACUGGCCGAAGCCGCUUGUUCUGGUCCCUUGCCUGUCUUGGUCGACUGCUUCCGCUGUAUUCUUGCAGGGAGUUAUGUCCCAAUCGAUUAACUGGGAUCUCUUAGAAGACCAGUAUCUCUCAGACGGCAUAUAUAGAGAGAAACUAUCAAAAAUGGUCACCAUAGUUGACGAGGCAUUCCUAGCAGGCCGGAAAUUCGCACGCACGUACUCAGAAAAAAUAUUAAACCAACUACACACAGUUGCUAGUCCAGUUACAAUUAAGAAAGAAACAAAUAUGAACAGUCCAAACAACGAAUUGAACAAACCUGCCAAAGAUACAGUCACUAGUAAAGAAAUAGAAGUCACAGAUAGUAAAAACGAAAUUAUAGACGUAAGCAAACAAGUACAAGAGUUGCAAACUCAUAAAGCUGUACAAACAGAAUCCUUCGCGCAUAUAGAACAUUUGGACGAAGAACUGAAGCUAUUGUUAGAGGAGAACAAAAUUAGUAAAUCGUUGUAUGAUAAAUUGACAUCGAACGAGAAAUUUGUACUGGAGCCGUAUGAUAUAGAUGAAAUUAACAAAUUAACCAAAUUGCAGUUAAAAGAAGUUCUUCUUAAAUGCAAAGUUGCCGACAUCAAAAGAGACAGAGAUCAACACAAUCAAAAUACUCAAUUAGACACACCAAGUGAAAUCUCGCACCCGAAAGAACCCAAGCCAGAAACCAUUAUCACAGAAGACAAAUCGCCUCCUCCACCUAAAGUUGUACAGAAAGAUAACAUUUUAGUAAUAAAACCUCCAGAUGAUCAAGUGGCAACAACAAAAAAAGAAUGGAGAUGGAACAUGACAGAUCUAAGGCCAGACUUCUGGGUGAAUAUACCGUUUCUGCGAAGCAGUGGGAAGAAGAUAGACAUAAGCAAAAUACAUUGGCGGGACAGAGAAACGCUGCAGUUCAUGAGAGGCAUAAUGGAUGAAUGCACACAUUUGAGCAACUUCUCUAUACCGUAUGAUACUUCUUUAAUUAUUGCGGUAUGUGCAAAGCAUGACGCCUAUGUUCCUCGUGACGACGUAGGUACCCUAGAAGAAAUCUGGCCCGGUGCAGAGGUGCGCUACGUGGAUGCCGGACACGUGUCAGCUUACAUAUUACACCAAUCACUAUUUAGGUCGUGCAUUAUAGAAGCAUUUGAAAGAUCAAAAAAGAAAUGGAAAGACGGUAAGCACAUCGAAUGACGGUCAUUAAAACGGAUCAACGGUUUUAAUAUAAGCAUAUCGAUGGUUCCUAUUGUCUUAGUCAAUGAAUAUGACCAAACAGCCAUAUAAUUAAACCAAUUUAAUUAAACCCGAAAAUACAAAUUACAAAACUGCGCAAUGUUAAACAAAUAUGAGUUGAUUGUAAAUGUAAGUUUGUGGGCCUGUAACUUGUCUUCAGCACCUCCUUUUUAAAGUAUAGAAAACGGGUUGAAGCUUAUAGUGAUAAUAAAUUUAAAUACGUAAAUCUGUUCGUUUAAAAAUUUUAAUGGUGUUCAUAUACAAUGCUAAUAUAACUUGACACGCAUUGUACAGUGAAGUUGGGUAAUUUUUGGGUAGUUUACUCAGGUUUGUACAGAUAUUAAAAUAAAAAUGUAUUGGUCUGAAUAGGUUUUAUUGAUUAACGAGUGCCCUUUUAUGCCGAAAUUUAGAAUAAUUUAACUAAAAAGACGAAUUAGAAAAAAAAACUGUUUGAGAAAAAUCUGCUUAGGGGGCCGUUCAAAUUUACCCUGACUGUUGUAUGUCUUUUAACCGAGUUAUUUUGGACAGUCCUUUUUCAAUGACAAUUUAAAUUAACUUGAGAAAAUUAUACUCGUAUUUUUAAUGAAAAACAUAUUAUCAUCAUCAUGAAACCAUUUGUACGUCUCACUGCUGGGUACGGGUCUCCUCUUAGGCGAGGAUUUAGGCCAUAGUUUGCCACGCUGACCCAAUGCGAGUUGGGAACAUCACACGUUUUCCGUGGGUUAUGAACUUUCUUGGACGUGCCGGUUUCAUCACUAUGUUUUCCUUUACCGAAAGACAAAGAAGAGAUGGUAGAAUUGUCACCAAUCUCAUAGAGAUGCAGUAACUUUCAAUAAUGUGACAGCUGUACGAAGUGCCUUAUGAUAUCGAUAGGCCAAAUUCUUCAUGUUUCAAAAUUUUAAAGACCUUCUUCUACUAGCGCCAUCACGUCAGAAUCAAAAAGUAACUUGUCAGCUUUUACUCAGAAUGUUAAUAAAUACUUAGAAUACCGUGAGACAGUAGCGUGCCAAUUUCCAUCCUAUAUGAGAUCAGGAGCUACAGACCAAAAAAAUACCAUUGUGUAAAGAGGGAAAAAAAUCGUUCGUAACAUGUACCAAAAUCAUACUUCAAAUAUAUUCCAUAAAAGGCUAAACGUUAGGUUUUCGACUUAAAUGUUUAGAAUAGCCCUUGGUAUAAUAAAGCCACGUGUCAAAUUUUAAAAAUAAUAUAAAAUACAUAAAACAAAUCCAUUUAAGCAUAAAAAAGUAAUCUACUAAUUUUAAACCUCUCUCC